GUGUCUCAUCUUUCCGAGCGUAGACGAUCUUCGGCGGGGGCUAGCCGGCUAACAGCUAGCUUGAGAGCGACGCCAUUAGUUGGGUGAGAAUCAGACGUUCGCAGCAGGUCGAACGGGGAAUAACUUCCUAGCUCCGACCCGGUUCUCCUGCGUCUGUCAGCGGACACCGAGUGACGUCGGGUUCGUCUUCACCUGUCGGCGCGUUUGUCCGCUGAUUUUUUUAAAGCUGUUCUUUUUUUUUUUAAAGUCGGAAGCCGAUGUGAGCUGCGCAGGACUUCAGUUCCGACGGGGGUUAGCAUUAGCAUUAGCGGCGCUAGCUUUGACAAGCGCUUGUUUUGAUACACGGCGACAAGAGGAGACUAAGCUCAAUCGAACUAUCAACAGCCAUGGCGGCCGGAGGGGCGGGCGGCGGCGGCAAGACGUACUCCUUCAAGGUGGUGCUGCUCGGGGAAGGCUGCGUGGGGAAGACGUCGCUGGUGCUGCGGUACUGCGAGAACAAAUUCAACGACAAACACAUCACAACUCUACAGGCGUCCUUCCUCACGAAGAAGCUCAACAUCACGGGGAAGAGGGUGAACUUGGCCAUAUGGGACACUGCCGGUCAGGAGCGGUUCCACGCGUUGGGUCCGAUCUACUACAGAGACUCCAACGGAGCCGUGCUGGUGUACGACAUCACAGACGAAGACUCCUUCCAGAAGGUGAAGAACUGGGUGAAAGAGUUGAGGAAAAUGUUGGGGAACGAGAUUUGUUUAUGUAUAGUAGGUAAUAAGAUCGAUCUGGACAAAGACAGACACGUGUCAGUGGAAGAGGCUGAGAGUUAUGCCGAGUCGGUCGGAGCCAGACACUACCACACGUCGGCAAAGUUGAACAAAGGCAUCGAGGAGCUUUUCCUGGAUCUGUGUAAAAGGAUGAUGGAGACGGCUCAGGCCGAGGAGAGGUUGAAGGGCAACGGAGCCAGCCAAUCCGCUUCGAGUAGGCGGGGCGUACAGAUCGUCGACGACGAACCACAGGCCACGCCCGCCGGAGGCUGCUGCUCUUCUGGCUAACACACUUUUACUUACACGCACGCACACACACACACACACACUCAUCAGUGUCUCCGGUCCGUCGGCUCUAAAAUCCUCAACAUAAAAUCUGCUGUGUUCGUUCGGCGCCGCCUCUCUGCUGCUAAGGAGCAUGGGAAAUCACACGAGAAUGACUUCAUUCAGUUUUUGUCCCUUUCAAAAUAAAAGUCGUUAUGAUUGAAAUCUUUAAGUGACAUAAUUCUCUCUCUCCAAAAAUUAAAAAUCACCACAUUUUUUAGCACUUUAUUUACCACGACGUCUCUUUAAUCUGUUAGUACGACGCCUCGGCAGUAUUUUAAAAACGCAAACGACAGAAAAACUCCAUUUCAUUACUAAAGAUGAUUAGUAAACAGAUUCUCAGGCUUCAGCAGCUUCUUUAGUUUCUUUUCUCACUCGUCCACACACACAUACACACACUGUAUACGCACGCUCUGCAUUUAUCUGAAAAUAUAAACGUGAGUCUGUGGUGACACGGCUCCGCCUGCUGGAUGGAGGUCGAACUGCAGCUUCACAGGUUCUCAAGACGAGAGCAGCUGAGACACGUUCACGUCAGACAAAUAUAAAAACACGGAGGACGCCAUUUUCUGGAUUUUUCCCCUGGUCUGUUAUUAACCGGGUCCAGGACCAGGUGGACUAAAACCUAGAAAUAAAAACCUCACAUCACAAACCUGAACCUGAAAAAACAAUCUGAUUACAAAAUUCUAAUAAAGUUUUAGUGACUGACUAAUUAAACUUGAAGUAAAAUUAUUAAACAUAUUAACAUCAAUCAGAAGGGAAAAAACAACAACAUGGCUCCUGCUGAAACUGAUUUUAGGUCUGAAAAUCAAAAAAUGCACAUUAUUAUUAUAAUUAUUUUAAAUUAAUAAAAUCUGAUUGACUGUUCUGCAGUUUGACAGUUGAACUAUGGAGUAAAAUCACAGCGGCGUCAACAUUAAUUUUCAAAAUUAAAAAAUGUCAGAACGUAAUGAAGAAGAAAGAAGAAAAAGUGACGGCUUUGAAUUUUUUGUUGAAAUAAUUUUUUCCCGAACCUGAAGAAUCAGAAUAAAAUGAUAUAAAACAGAGAAAAGCUGAGAAUCUAAAUUUUUUUCAAAUAAUUUUUUCCAAUGGAGGUUUAAUUUCUGUCAUUGAUUGAUCGACUAUUUGUCUGAACUUCAUUGACGAUGUGCAGCUCGACGUUCUGCUCGCUGGUCUGUCAAACAACAACUACACACGGAAAUGAAACGAUGCAUGUUUGAUUUCUGUAAAGGCUUUUUUGUUUGUUUGACUUAAAGAAAAAAAAACAAAAAAACAACCAUGGUGAUAUAAUAAAUAAUAAAAGUGAGCAUCGAUUAUUUAAUAAGUUAUACUCGCGUGGCGGUGAUGGAAAUGUGUUCUUGAGAUAUUAAUCUUCUGUUCUCUGUGAACUUGUUGUUUAUACAUUAAUCUGCUUACUGACGAAAAAACAUACCGGACGUUUUAUCUGCCUUUGGGACGAAGUUGUCGCACAUUAGAAGAAAAACAAUGUACAUGUACAUGUUUGAUAUGGAAAAAUGUAAAAAAAAAAAGAAGCAACACACUUUUUUGGAAAAUGUAAUUUUUUUAAACUGCUAAGUGUCAAAAGUGUUUUGUAAAGAUAAUAGAACAAUUAUAACGAUUUACGCAA